AUGGUUAACACAACACCUACAAAUGUUGUAAUGUCUCUCUGUGAUGACAUAUUAAAUUUGGGUUAUACAAUUGCCACCGACAAUUGGUAUACCAAUUUGGACUUGGUAAAUCAACUACUGAACCACGACACCCUCCUAAUUGUAACAAUUAAAAAGAAUAGAAGGGGUUUGCCAAUGGCAGUAGUCGAAGCCAAACUGGAAAAAGGCGAAUCCAUAGCUAUGGAGAAUCAACGGGGUAUAAAUGUUCUCAAAUGGCCAUCGAAUGGUUCUAAAGAAGGUAGAGCUAUUAAAAAACCAAAAAUUAUACUUGCCUACAAUGAAGCAAAAAGUUCAGUCGAUAUGAGUGAUCAAAUGACUUCAUAUUCGUCACCACUCAGAAAAACUGUGAAGUGGUAA